GUCUGUGACGUAAGUGAAGGACGGUUCUACAUAGGUUCUACCCGUGGACCGUGCCGUGCAGUGCCGUGGUGGUCUCUUUUAUCUUUUGAGAUCCUCGGUGAAGACGAAAUUCUUCCAGUAUCAUGACAGUUACACCAGUUACACUGUGUUACACUGCCUGGUAUUGAUUGAGCUUCCUUCGUUAUUCUUAUCACCGCUAUUGAUGAUAAGAACUGACUUACCUGAACGAGAUACUGUAACCUACCACUGGCCACAUUCGAUCGGGAGAAACGUCUGAACUGUAGUUAUACCAAUGGAAAAUAAGGACAGCGUGGAAGCUCCGAAACAAUUUAAACUCCUACCAAAAAUUAUAAAUGGCGGAAUCGCAGGUAUUAUCGGUGUCUCCGUGGUGUUCCCACUGGACUUGGUUAAAACACGAUUACAGAAUCAAGUUAUCGGGCCUAAUGGGGAACAAAUGUACAAAAGCAUGUUGGACUGUUUUAAGAAAACUUAUAGAGCAGAAGGUUAUUUCGGCAUGUACAAAGGGUCUGCUGUAAAUAUUCUAUUAAUCACGCCCGAGAAAGCAAUUAAACUCACUGCCAAUGAUACUUUUCGUCAUUAUCUGUCCACCGGAGCUGGACAGCAACUGCCAGUAGAACGUGAGAUGCUUGCCGGCGGCCUAGCAGGAGCAUGUCAGAUUAUCGUCACAACUCCUAUGGAGUUGCUAAAAAUUCAAAUGCAGGAUGCAGGACGCGUGGCAGCGGAAGCAAAGAAAGCUGGGAAAGCUGUGCCAAAGGUGUCAGCUCUGUCCUUAACGAAAGAUCUCCUUCGAAAGAGAGGUAUUUUAGGACUCUACCAAGGCACUGGGGCAACAGCCCUCAGAGAUGUCACUUUUUCAGUAAUCUACUUCCCAAUGUUUGCUAGACUGAAUAGUUUGGGGCCCCAACGGGAGGAUGGUACCGCUGUGUUUUGGUGGUCAUUUGUGUCCGGUUGUUUAUCUGGCUCUACAGCCGCUCUGAUGGUCAAUCCAUUUGAUGUAAUCAAAACUAGGUUGCAAGUAAUUAAAAAGGCUCCCGGAGAUCCGACAUAUAAUGGCGUGUUCGACUGUAUAGGAAAAACUAUGAGGAACGAAGGACCAACGGCGUUCUUCAAAGGCGGAGCCUGUCGAAUGAUCGUGAUAGCGCCCCUCUUCGGGAUUGCACAAACUGUAUACUACCUCGGCGUUGCGGAAUGGGCCCUGGGUCUUAAAUAAACAUUACCGUCUACUCCGUUUCGCCGUUUUAAAUACUCUGGGAUUAAACUGACAAUAACUGGCGUAUUAUAGAUGUAUUUUCGCUUAGUACGUAUCACUAGUUGUCCAGUAAGUGAAUUGGGCUGAAUUAUCUCGGUACCUUGAUCAUCGAAAUUGGAAAAUCCGUUCAAAGGCUAACAAUUUUUUAACGAAUUCUCAA